UAAAUAAAAUUGUAAAUAUAUUUAAGUUUUUGAGAUACCACUCUGUAUUUUGCGUCUAAUCUUUGCAAUGUAUUUCUAUUUAUUAAGUAAAAAAGAACCUAUCUUUUCUUAACGAAAAAUGAGUGAAGCCUACCGGUGGUUCCUUCCUCACUCAUUUUCUGUAAAUCCCCUUCUCAUCCAGAAUUAAAUCCCUUUAUAGCCAGUCUUUAUUGUAAAUUUCUCCUUUUGCUUGCCCAGAUGAGUAUUAUUGUCUAGUAGUGAAGUCCUGUAGCCUAACACUGGACCAGAGGACCAAAGAGUCUCGAGAAAAGAGCUCGUCAGCAAGGCUGACACGCAAACUGGGGACACUUGUACUCACAUGCCUUUGACACAGCUGGGCACAUCAGGUCUUGGGAGGUGGGACCUGAACAAAACCAAAAGCCUGGAAUUCUGCUUGUCAUCAUUAGGCAGGUGUGCAAAAAAUAUUCCUGGAAACAGGCUGAUGUGCAGGGCAUUUUAGAUGUUAAAGCACAGUUGCAAAAGGAAUGAGUCAUGCCUACUGGGCUGUAUCCACUCUAAUUUAUGACCAGAGCUGAACUUGCUGAAAAUUGCAGAGUAGCUGUGCUAGUUCUCUAGAGUCUCGGGUUAACAAACUUAAAUUUCCAAGCUUGUCAAAUAAAACUUCCUUUACCUCUCCCAUUUUUUGAAGGGGGAAGAGCAACACAUCACACAGGCUUUCUUGGCUCCUUUAAAGACUACUGCAGAUCUAUUUAAACUUUUGUGCUCGACUCACUGAGCAAUGUCUCCAUUGGUUGUUUUGAAUUUAUUGUCUCCAACUGAUGUUUCGAAAAAGUAUAUGCAUUAAAGUAUUCUUAUUAGAUAAGUAUCUAUCAUAGGAGGUAUGUCCAAAGAUUAAUUACAGAGUAUACCAAAAUUUACUGGUUUGAGCUCUUAUCACACAGGCUAUACAACAAGCAGAUUUCUUUGGUUUUGAGGUUUACAAUUUGUCAGUUCUAUAACUUCCUCAUUGUACCUGAAGAUACCUGAAGCAGAGAGAGCCAUUUCCCCUUCAUGCUUUGAUGACAUAUCUCUCUGAAACCAUAUUACUACAGUUCAGAUAAAAACUCUGGUUUAGAAGGUGUACUAGCAUAUUUGAGAAAUAAAGGAGGCUGUUUCUUCAAUAUAUAGACUUUUUGGAUGUCCAGGUAAUGGCUGAGUGAGUGAUUCUUGGGACAGGACAGGAAAACUCAUUUAUACUCAUUGUUUGAAAUUAGCAGUUCAACAAUAAAUUGACAUCAGUAAUCCAGCAUAAUCUUUGGAGUCCAGUUACACAGAACUGUAUGCUAAUUUUGAAUUACCAGUAAACAACAUGCAGAUAUUUGAAUUAUGCAGAUUUAAAUUUUCUAUUUUGGAAGCUAAGCUUUCCAUAAAUUUCUUUUCUGAAGCUGAAAAGGGACAGAGUUUGAAGACUUGCUCGGCUCAGCUAGUAUUGAUAGGCAGCAUCAAGUGCAAAUACUUUAGCUUCAUACCUGUAGUUUUCAUGUUUAAAGCCCAGAAUUACUUGCACCUAUGUCAUAAGGGACUUUUGUUACCCUAGUGAAUUUAUGAGGAUGAAGAAUUGGAACUGAAAUUCUGUCUUUAUUAUAAUACAUUCCUACAGUGUCUCUUAUCAGAUCCUAAGGUGCUUACACUUUCACAAGGAAACCACAGCAGUAGCUGUUCCCAAGCUGACUUGACAGUACUGCAAGAGCAAUGUUUGCAUAGUUUUGUCAGUAGUCUGUUUUGCAAAUGCUGUUCCAUACAUAACCAUCAUUAAAGUUUAAGCUGGUUUGAGUCUUGAUGUAAAUAAAUGUACACUAGGUUAUAAAAGCUUCUUUUUCGUUUGGUUUUAUCUCUUUCUUGUUUAAGCCAUUUGUAAACAGUGUUUAAAAAGGUAUGGACAUAGCUUGUGGCAGUUUAACCAAACCCAUUUUAAUAAUCAGUAGCAGUUUACCUACAAAUACUGCAUAUAGCUAAGGCCAUUACAAGACUGCCUUCUCAACAGAUCUUGUCUGCUCUCACAGUACAGCUAUCUGCUGAGCAUAUCUGCAGGAAUGCUCACUGCUUUUGAAUCCUGUUAGGUCAUUGAACUCACCAGUAGAGUACGAAUGAAUUGUCCAGGAUUGAGCAGCAUCAGCAAAGCCAUUUUAGCUGCUUGAAAUCUGAUACCAUUUCUAGUUCUGUAGGGUUGUUAAUGACGUGAACAGAGUGAAAUUACAGGUAUGCAUCUGGGAUAUAACUUGACCUUCAUUAUGGUUGAAUGUCUUCCAGGAAGUAUUAGACCUGUUUCUCAUUUUAAGAGGCAGAGUUUAUUAGCUCUGAAAUGGUGAAAACAGUGUCAGAGUUAUAUGGUUUCUGCACUGAAGCUGGCUUAUUUUCAGACACCUCCUUGCACUGACGGUCUGUAGAGGUGCACUUUGGACUUUUGGACCUGGAUGAAUUUGCAAGCUCAGCUGUACAACUGUAGAAAACUGGUUUUAAAAAAGCUUUGUGGAUUUAAGUAUAUUUCCUAUGGAAUCAUUCAGAUAUAGUGCAAGGGCAAACAAAUAAUGCAGCUGGAGCCCAAGUACAUUUUUAAACAGAAGAGAACUCUUUGAGAUGUCAACUGUAGGAAAAGAAUUGCCUCUCUUGAUGGUAAGGAACUUGGAAUAAGAAUUCCUAGACCACUGGGACACGGACCAAGCAGAUUCAUCCCUGAGAAGGAGACGAUUCAGGUGGGAAAGGAGGACGCCACGAUGCACACGCUGUUUGCAGAGUCUUUUGCCACGCUGGGCCGACUGGACAACGUCACCUUGGUGAUGGUUUUCCACCCACAGUAUCUCGAAAGCUUUCUCAAAACUCAGCACUAUCUCCUGCAGAUGGAUGGCCCGCUCCCGCUCCAUUACCGGCACUACAUCGGGAUAAUGGCUGCAGCACGACAUCAGUGCUCUUACCUUGUUAACCUCCACGUGAAUGACUUCCUUCAUGUUGGUGGAGACCCUAAAUGGUUGAAUGGUCUGGAAAAUGCACCUCAAAAAUUGCAAAAUUUAGGAGAACUGAACAAAAUGUUGGCUCACCGACCCUGGCUUAUCACCAAGGAACAUAUCGAGCAACUUCUGAAGACAGAAGAGAACAGCUGGUCCCUGGCAGAGCUGAUCCAUGCAGUCGUUCUCCUUACACACUACCACUCCCUUGCUUCCUUCACGUUUGGCUGUGGGAUCAGCCCAGAGAUCGACUGUGAAGGGGGUCACACCUUCAGGCCCCCCUCUGUCAGUAACUAUUGCAUAUGUGAUAUAACAAAUGGUUACCACGGGGUGGAUGAAAUCCAUGCCAGCCCAGCUGGAAGUAUUCCAUCUACAGAGUCUGUCUGUGAAGUUGAAGCUCUUAUGGAGAAGAUGAAGCAGCUGCAGGAGUGCAGAGAUGAAGAGGAAGCCAGCCAAGAAGAGAUGGCCACACGUUUUGAAAGAGAGAAGAGAGAAAGCAUGUUUGUGUGCUCUUCAGAAGAUGAAGAAUCUGCAGCAACAAGAGAUGUGUCUCGGCACUUUGAGGAUACCAGCUAUGGUUACAAAGACUUCUCCAGACAUGGAAUGCACGUGCCCACUUUUCGUGUUCAGGAUUAUUCCUGGGAAGACCAUGGCUAUUCCUUGGUUAAUCGUCUUUAUCCAGAUGUGGGACAACUGCUUGAUGAGAAGUUCCAUAUUGCUUAUAAUCUGACUUACAACACAAUGGCCAUGCACAAAGAUGUGGAUACCUCAAUGCUAAGACGAGCUAUUUGGAACUAUAUUCAUUGUAUGUUUGGAAUAAGAUACGAUGAUUAUGACUAUGGUGAAAUUAAUCAGUUGUUGGACCGCAGCUUUAAAGUUUAUAUCAAGACUGUGGUUUGCACUCCUGAAAAGACCACAAAAAGAAUGUAUGAUAGCUUCUGGAGACAGUUUGAACACUCUGAGAAGGUCCAUGUAAAUUUGCUUCUGGUAGAAGCUCGGAUGCAAGCCGAACUACUUUAUGCUCUGAGAGCUAUUACUCGCUAUAUGACCUGAUGUCUCUGGCUGCCUGUCGACGUUGGAAUGUUCUGCAGCUGCAGUAUGGCAGAGGAAGAUACGAAGCCUCAGGACCAACAGUAGCUAUAAGUUAAGAUGCCCAUUGUGCCAUAACUCCUUUAGUUUCAGCUAUUUCCAUGUUUGGAAUAUCAUUGCUGCCGCUGGGCAGCGAACGCUUGGCAGUUGACAGACAGGGUUGUGCAGAAGUGCUGCCUGCUCAUGGUAUUUUGGCUUUAGACAGCCCGGGACAUUCUCUGAACUUGUGGCAAUAUAGCAAACCAUAGAUACAUAGAUCUUGUGUUAACGCAAAUACUGCGGGAGUCGGAGUGCGAAAAGAACUGGGACUUGAUGACAUUUGCUUUCCCUACGAGAAUAAUUCUAAAAAAUCUUGAUGCUGCUAUUUGUGCAGGUGGAGUGAACAGACCCAGGCUGUUCCAGUUGAGCUAGAAGUGAAAGUGAGCACUGCUAUUGUCUGAGCCUUUAUUGUGUGUGGUUUCAAAAAAGCCUUGUUAUUUAGAUUCCCUGUUUAAUCAGAACUAAACCUCUUCUGUCCACACUGAUAAUUUGAAAGAUAGCAGUCAAUUUUCUCAGCUAGUUUAGCCUUAAAAACAGGAUGUUUGUUCAGCAUUAUUUCAUGAGCUCCAAAGUGCAAUGGUCUUCCUAUGGAAAGAAGGGGACUGGAGUCCUCAGAGCUUCUUAAGAGAUCUACCUGCACAAAGUGUCAAGUAGCUUCUUGUCCUCCUUUUCAUGGAUGAACCAAGAAGGAGCUAGGAAAAGGUGUGGGAAUGUUGUUCUAGACUGCCAAACAGUCCUACUGUAUUACAUGCCCAACGCUGGUCUUAAUGAUUUUUGCAGUUGCUUAAAUAACUAGGCUAAGAAACAUCUAUUUUUAGUAAAUCAAAACAUGAUUAAAAUGCUGACGUUUAAUAUACAGUGGUUUUGGAGAACACAUGAAUACUUUUGUAUGAGUGUGAAUUGCUUUUUAAAUUUGUCAGUAUUACUGGUAUUUUUGAAAUAAAGGUAACAACUUUUUCUCUUGGU